GUAUGUCAAUCUCACUCUGUAGUCUCCACGCCGGUUCCUAUCUCAUUUGUUCCAAGUCCUCUCUUUUCUUGUUCUCUCUCUGAAAUAGCCACUGCAGAUCAGUGCCAAGUCUGUUUGGCCAAAGUUAUGGAUCCGGCAGAACUAAGGUACUUAGAAGAUGAAGAUACUCCGUUGAUGAAAACAAUUAAGGGUGCUACUUCAGGUCUAGUCGCUGGUACUAUAUGGGGAACCAUCGUUGCGACCUGGCAGGACGUGCCUCGUGUUGAGAGAAGAGUUGCACUUCCUGGGCUGAUCCGGACUCUAAAGAUGAUGGGAAACCAUGGGAUUACUUUUGCUGCCAUUGGUGGGGUUUAUAUUGGUGUAGAACAGUUGUUGCAGAAUUAUAGGAUGAAAAGAGACUUUAUCAACGGAGCUGUUGGUGGGUUUGCAGCUGGUGCUACUGUUGUGGGUUACAAAGGAAAGAGCAUUGCAACUGCACUAUCUGCAGGAGCUGCGCUUGCAGCCACUUCUGCUUUUAUUGACGUUGGAGGUCAGACCACCAGAAUAGAUAAUGGCAAGGAGUACUACCCAUACACCACCAAGAAGAGGGCUAGUGCUGAUUAAGUCGUCUUGCUGAUAGGUGUGGAAGGCUGUUGGAACAUGUACAAGUGGAAGAGGAUUCAACUGUUUUUUAGUCUGCUGCUUUUUCUUUGUUAGGGGAUGGUCCAUACACCUGGACUAUGUUUCAUGUCAAAUGCCUUCCUUCCUUUUCUUUCCUAUCCUCAAGAAAAUUUGAAUAAAUAUGUUGUCUCGUUAUUUUUUGGCGUGACAUGUGAUUUCAUGGUUGAGAUCGUACCUGAUUCUGGUUAAUGGUUUCUGAAAGCAUGAAAUACCUCUAAAAAUUGGGGAUCGAAAA